UGUUUCUGUUCUUUUUGUAGCAAGCCCAGGCUGACGCGGACACAAAGUGCCUUCACUCCAGUGUCAUUAGCAUCACCUUUUACAGGAGAAACUGUGUCACUGGUCGACCUGGACAUCUCUCGUCGCGGGCCGCCCUCACCUCAUCCGCCGACUCCACCACCCCCACCCCGCCGAAGCCUCAGCCUUCUCGAUGAUAUUGUGGGGCCACAGACUCUGUCGUACCCAGUGAACCCAGCUGCUGCUUGCUUACAGUCACUGCCUCUACCACCACCUCCCCCACCUCACACUUCCAUCCAGCUCAGUCUCAGCUUAAACGACACUGGAUUUCUUUUGCCUCUUGCAGACACCUUGCAGAGAAACUCGCCUCAAAUUCAGCCGAUGACCGUGCAACCUCAGAACUGCCUGCUCAACAGGAGGGACUCCAACACCUUUGCAGCCAGCUUACGGGAACUUGAAAAGUGUGGCUGGUAUUGGGGUCCGAUGAACUGGGAUGAUGCUGAAAUGAAGUUGAAGGGUAAACCAGAUGGUUCGUUCCUGGUAAGGGACAGUUCGGAUCCACGUUACAUCCUCAGCCUCAGCUUUCGCUCCCAAGGAAUUACACACCACACCAGAAUGGAACAUUAUCGAGGAACCUUCAGUCUCUGGUGUCAUCCGAAAUUUGAAGACCGCUGUCAGUCUGUUGUGGAGUUCAUUGAAAGGGCCAUCAUGCAUUCCAAAAACGGGAAAUUUCUGUACUUUCUCCGCUCGCGUGUCCCUGGUUUGCCACCAACCCCAGUCCAGCUCCUGUACCCUGUCUCCCGCUUCAGCAACGUCAAGUCCCUGCAGCACCUCUGUCGCUUCCGAAUCCGACAGCUUGUCAGGAUAGAUCACAUUCCGGAACUCCCACUCCCAAAACCCCUCAUAUCGUACCUACGGAAGUUUUACUAUUAUGAUCCUGAGGAGGAGGCUUACCUUUCUCUCCAGGAAGCACGGCUCCGCAUCACUCACGAACAGGACAUGGACACCCAGACGUAGCUGUCGCAGAAAUAUCACUCGAACCAUCUAAAACAAAUUGGAGGGUUACUGAGGACACUGGAAACGGUACAGUCUGACUGGAUUGCUAUGCCAGGAGCUGCUUAUGACGGAGGGACGCUCGUCAAUUUUCCUGAAAUGCUCCUUAUUCCCAAAGCUUAUUUCGACCCGUUGCUCACACUGUGGUGUAGUGAAGGGAGGGGAGGACGACGUAUUGGGAAUGUGAGAGAUUUCCUCCCGUAAUACACCUGGAUGGGACAGGACAAUCGAACGAUGGUUGAUGGAUUUGCACUUUCUACAGAGAAAGGCUGAUGUUACUAACUUGCAGCUUUUUGCUGGGGAGGCAGAUGUUCUCCUGAAUCCAGAGACGUUCCAGGUGUUUUGUGCUGAGAUGCCUAAUGCUCAAUGAAUGCCUGGAUGGGUUAUAUUGCACAAAUUUUGUUUUUAGUUAAUUUAUGGAUUAAACUACUGUUUAUAUUCACAGGCUGUUUAACGUGUAGCUCUCAGAAACCACUUGAAGGUUACUAUUAGAUUAGUACGGCACAGAAAGAGACCAUUCAGCCCUCUGUCCCUGCUGGCUCACUGCAGGUACACCUCUGAUGUUUUGGUUGUAGUCCUGCAAUUUCUUUUCAGAUAAUUAUACAGUUCGCUUUUGAAAGCUGCAAUUGAAUCUCUGUGCCCAGACCCUCAUGAUUUUGAACAUUUCUAUCAAAUUUCUUUUGAACUUUCUCCUCCAAGGAGAAUGGUCACAUAUCUCCAGUCUCUCUACAUCAUUGACAUUCCUUGUCUUUGGAACUGUUCUUCGGAAUCUUUUCUGAACCCUGAAUGCCUUUAAAUCAUUCCCAAAGUGUGAUUCCCAGAACCGGAGGCAGUGCUCCCGCUGAGGCCAAACCAGCGUUUUCGUACAGCUUUAGCUUGCUUGCUUCUGUACCUUAUCCCAUUGAUAAGGCCCUGAAUGUCAUAUGCAUUAUUAACGACUUGACCUGUCCUGCCAUCUACAAUUAUUUGUGCACAUGUCCAACAGAUUUCUCUGUUUUUGCAUCCCCUUUUGAAUUGUGCUGUCUGUUUCCUAUUUUCUGUCCUUGCUUUUCCCUCCAAGAUGCAUCACUUCACAAUUAAAUUUCAUUUUGUUAUGAGCCCACCCAAACAGCGAGCCUGCAUGUCGUCUUGAAGUCUAUCACUGUCCUCCUUGCAGUUGAUGUUUCCAAGUAUUGUGUCAUCUGCAGAUUUUGAAAUUGUUUCUUGUCCAGGACUAGGUCAUUGAACUGGAUUAAGAGAAGCAUUAGUCCCACUACUGAAACCUAAGGAAUGGUGUUUUUUGGAAUUGGAGGAAGGUACAACAAUUCAUCAUUAUUCACCCCAGCUUCAUAUCCCUGCUGCCACUGUCCUGUUUAUUCUAUGCCCUUUAGCUUUGCUGACAACCCUGUUAUUCAGUACUUUAUCAAAUGCCUUUAGAAACCCAGGUGCGCCACGUGAACUACCUUUCCCUGAUCAACCCUGUCUGUCACUUCAUCAAAACACUCCAUCAAGUCGGCACGGUGGCUCAGUGGUUAGCACUGCUGCCUCACAGCACCAGGGUCCCAGGUUCGAUUCCAGCCUCGGGGGACUGUCUGUGUGGAGUUUGC